AUGUUGGGAUGCUCAGCUUACGUCGGCGUUUCGAUCUCUGCCGCUGUGAGAGCGCAAGCUGAAGCGCAGCAGCGUUUGCUAUGCAUCACGCAACACAAGAACACAGCGUGGAUCCGUGUUUGGCAGUUGGCGCUGCACGAAGCCGUCGCUCUCGUGUUUGCGAGCCGACCACCAACGAGCACGCUCGCUUCCGUCGUCUCGCGCCCUCGAUGUUUGGAGCCAAGCCUCGAAAUGGCGUCUACAAACGGCAAGCCGCGCUCGCAUCUCAGACACCUAGCAACUUGCGAAAUCGCACACCGAGGCCCAAAGCAUGCUUCUACAACAGGCUUGUGUAACGCCGAUUCGCCGUCAAAGACCUUGGAUGCAUCUCGGCUAACCCUUUUUCACUUGAUGCUUCCAUGCCAUGCCCUAAGAAAGGCGCUUACUUGA